AUGUCCGCCAUCCGAUCUGCUGCCAAGAAGAAGGCGCCCACUGCCAUCGCCAUGUUCAACAUGGGCGGACCGUCCACCCUCCCGGAGGUGCAGAGCUUCCUCACGAACCUGUUCACGGAUCCGGAAUUGAUCCCCAUGGGUCCCAUGCAAAACUUGGUUGGGCCGUGGGUGGCCAAGCGCCGCACGCCUCAGAUCGUGGACCAGUACGCGCAGAUCGGAGGCGGUUCUCCCAUCCUCAAGUGGACGAAUUUGCAGGGCGAACACAUGUGCAAGAUCCUGGACGACAUUCGACCUCAGAGCGCUCCACACAAGCACUACGUCUUCUUUCGGUACGCAGACCCGUCCACUGAAGAAUCAUUGCAAAGGAUGAAAGAGGACGGCGUCACGCGCGCCGUGGCCUUCUCGCAGUACCCGCAAUGGUCCUGCACGACGUCGGGUUCGAGUAUGAACCACUUGUGGCGUGAGUUGGAUCGACUGGAUAUGAAGGAGGACUUCCAGUGGUCGCUCAUUGAUCGUUGGAACACGCACCCGGGCUAUAUCGCGGCUGUGGUGAACCGGGUGAAGAUUGGACUGGAGCAGUACGCGCCAGAAGACAGAGACAAGGUCAUUAUCAUGUUUUCAGCGCACUCGGUGCCGAUGAAGACGGUGUACAAGGGUGACGCGUACGUGAAUGAGAUUGCUGCGACGGCCGAUCGUGUGAUGAAGCAGUUGGGCGGAAAGAAUCCGCACAUUCUCAGCUGGCAGUCGAAGGUCGGCUAUUUGCCAUGGAUGGGACCGAGCACCAGCGACGUGAUCAAGUUUUAUGGGAAACAGGGACAUAAGAAUGUCAUGGCUGUGCCCAUUGCUUUCACGUCGGACCAUGUUGAGACACUGUACGAGAUUGACAUUGAGUACGGGGAGGAGGCCAAGGAAGCUGGUAUUACGAACUUCCAGCGGUGUCCUUCACUGAAUGACGAGCCUCUGCUGUUCGAGGCCCAAGCCGAUAUUGUCAAGCAACAUUUGGACUCGAACGAACUGCAUUCGCCCACGUACCCGCUGAACUGCGCCCGUUGCACAAACCCAAUGUGCCGCAGCAUCGUGAAUCCUAUCAAGCCUUACCACAAGCUUCUGUAG